GUACUACAUUAUUACGUAAUGAUGUAAUUGCGUAAUUCCGGUUCACGGUUAUGUUGAACAAAGAAACGUGCAAGUGAGUUUCCAUUUUGGUCGGGACAUUAUAUUGAGAGACACGAAGCAAGAACUUUACUUGUAGUGUGGUGUUAUUAAUAAAUUACAUAUUGAGUUAUUACUAAGAGUUGUUAUUAUAUUCAGUGGUGUUAUUGUUACUAUUAGGUUAUAACAAUUGGCGACGAAGAUAAAAAAAUGAUGCAUUUAUCAAAUAUAUCUUGUUUGGAUUUAGAAAAUGACAAUUUUGUAGAAUAUAUUGAAAGAUUUGACAAUUUUCUACUGGCUAAUGACAUAGAAGAUGCUGAAAAACAAAAAGCUGUAUUUUUAUCAACCAUAGGAGGACCUGCUUAUAAACUUAUCCGAAGUUUAUGUGAAAAUGACACAAAGAAUAAGAGUUUUACUCAAAUAGUUAAACUAAUGAAGGACCAUUUGAAACCGAUACCAAACUCCAUUGCACAGCGUUUUCAAUUUUAUAAAAGAGAUAGAAAAGAUGAAGAAUCUGUAAGCGGGUAUAUUACUGAAUUACGUAGACUAUCUGAACACUGUGAGUUUGGUGAAAACUUGAAUGAUUAUUUAAGGGACAGGUUCGUUUGUGGAUUAAAUAAUGAAAAUGUGCAACAAAAAUUAUUAACCAUAAAAAAUCUAACGUUGGAGACAACACUUGACACAGCGAGAGCAUAUGAGACAGCAUAUAAAGAUACCAAAGCUAUUUGUACAAAAGAAAGCUUUAUAGAGCAAGAUGAAUUGCAUAAAGUAGAAAUUCGGACAAAAUCAGAAGAAAGUAAAGAAUGUUUUCGUUGUGGGUUUAGGGGUCAUCAAGCAAACAGUUGUAAUUAUCGUUAUUUAAAAUGUCAUACAUGUGGAAAGAUAGGGCACAUAAAGAGAAAGUGCAGAUCAGAAAAGAAAGAGUUAGAUCAUAGGAAGGAAAAGAAAUUAGGUGUGAAGAAAAUUGGGAUUCAAGAUGAAUCAGAAAAAGGAUGUACUGCUGAAACAGAGGGAAAUAAAGAUGAUUUUCUAGCUCUAUAUUCAAUAAGUGAAGAGUCCGAUAAAGUGACUGGACCAGUUAUGGUUAACGUAAAAAUUAAUGGAAGUGAGGUUUCUAUGGAAGUGGAUACAGGGGCAGCUGUCUCUGUAAUGGGGAUCUCAGCUUACAAAAGAAUAAAGAAGAAUGAAGGAAAAUUACAAAAUUCUGGUGUUGUUUUGAAAACCUACACAGGAGAGCUGAUUAGACCAGAGGGAAUAGGGUUGGUUGAAGUAGUGUAUAAUGGACAAUGUUGUAAGUUACCUAUAACUGUAGUAAAAGGAAAUGUGCCCACAUUAAUGGGUAGAGACUGGAUGCAGCGUUUAAAUCUGCAAUGGUUAGAACUGUUUAAAAGAAUGAGAGGAAUUAAUUUUUGUGAUAAGGUUGAUUUAAAAGUGAAGACAUUAGUAGAAAAAUACCCAGAAGUAUUUAGUGAUCGUUUAGGGUGCUUGAAGAACUUCCAAUGUCACAUACCACUACGUGAGGGUGCAGAACCUAAGUUUUAUAAAGCAAGACCAGUACCCUAUGCUUUAAGGACUAGAAUUGAACAAGAACUUGAUCGCUUAGAAGACCAAGGAGUUUGGAGGAAAGUCCAGUAUUCUAAAUGGGCAGCCCCUAUAGUGCCUGUUUUAAAGAAUUCUAAGGAUCCUACUGGUCCAUUAAGAAUAUGUGGAGAUUAUAAGAUUACAGUAAAUCAAGCAGCUCCAGUUGACAGUUAUCCAAUACCGAAUAUCACUGAUCAGUUAGCCACUAUUGCAGGAGGAGAGAGAUACACCAAGCUUGAUUUGUCUCAAGCUUAUCAACAAUUGGAAUUAGAUGAAACUUCGCGAGAGUUUUUAACUAUAAAUACUCACCAAGGGUUGUAUCAACCGACUCGUCUUCAAUUUGGUGUACAUAGUGCGACUGGCAUCUUUCAAAGGGAGAUGGACAGGAGGCUGGGCAGACUGUCAUUUGUAAAAGUGCGAGUAGAUGACAUACUUAUAUCUGGGAAAACUGAUGCUGAGCAUCUGAACAACUUAGAAUCUGUUUUAAAAAUUUUGAAAGAAUCAGGACUGACGCUAAAAGUAUCUAAGUGCUCAUUCAUGCAACCUGAGGUGGAGUUUUGUGGAUUUAUAAUUAGUCAGAAAGGUUGUAAACCAACAGCACGGAAUGUGGAAGCAGUAAUGAAUGCGCCUCGACCCACGAACAUCAAGGAGUUGAGGGGAUUUUUAGGAAUGGCCAACUAUUACAAUGCCUAUAUACCCAGGAUGGCUUCCAUCACAGAGCCUCUCCAUAAUUUGUUAAGGAAGAACGUAAGUUGGGAAUGGAAUAGAAACAGUGAACAAGCCUUUGAAAGCGUAAAAACUAUAUUGUGCAAUGCACCUUUAUUAGCUCACUUUGACCCAUCAAGGAAAAUCGUGGUUCACUGUGACGCCAGUCCAUAUGGCGUAGGAGCCGUUUUGAGUCAACAACAGUAUGAUGGAAGUGAAAAACCUGUCAGUUUUGCUUCAAGAACAUUAAAUAUGGCAGAGCGAAAUUAUGCACAAAUUGAAAAGGAAGGAUUAGCAUUAGUUUUUGCUGUAAAAAAAUUUCAUCAGUUCUUAUUUGGACAAAAAUUUACAUUGUAUACAGAUCAUAAGCCCCUAUUAGGACUAUUUUCAGAAAGCAAAGAGCUUCCUACAAGAGCUGCUGCUCAAGUGUUACGCUGGGCUUUGCUAUUGUCAGCUUAUGAUUACCAAUUACUAUAUUGUCCUGGCGAAAAGAAUGCAACUGCAGAUGGUCUAAGCCGUUUACCUUUAGAUGUAUCAAAGGAAAAGUCAAGGUUAAAAACCAAAGAGGUGGCUAUGUUGGAACUAGUAAAAACCCCAAUUACAGAAAAACAGUUAAGAGGAGCUACCCAAAACGAUCCAAUAUUAGGAGAGGUACUGAAUAGAGUGUUAGAAGGAGGGUUGACGAUGGAGCCGAGUAAGGUGGAGAUGAAACCAUUUGCAUUAAGGUUUUCUGAGUUAUCAACGGAAGGAGGUUGUUUACUGUGGGGAAGAAGAGUGAUAGUGCCAAGUGUCUUAAGAGAAACGGUACUUGAGGAAUUACAUGAGGUGCAUCCUGGAAUAAGUAGAAUGAAGGCUUUAGCAAGAAGUUAUGUUUGGUGGCCUGGAAUUGACACAGAAAUAGAGGAUAAAGUAAAGAAUUGUGAGACAUGUCAAAGAAGUCAGAAGAAUCCAUUAACCUGGUCUCAUCCUUGGGAAUAUCCAAGUAGACCAUGGGAGCGACUACAUAUCGAUCAUGCAGGCCCAAUGAAUGGAAAAAUAUAUUUGGUAGUAGUUGACAGUUUUUCAAAAUGGAUUGAGGUGGAAGUAGUGCACAGUACUGAAGCCAAAGCAACAAUAAAGGUACGAAUGGUUCAAACAUUUAAGAAUUCAAUUAAAAACUUUCAAGGAAAUGAUAUCGAGACACAGUUGUGCCGAUUUCUUUUUAAAUAUCGUGUUACACCUCAUUCUACUACUGGAGUUUCUCCAGCUGAACUUUUAUUGGGUAGAAGAUUACGAAAUCCGUUGUCGAUGCUACAUCCUGAAGUUAGCUCUCGAAUCAAUGAAAAGAAGCUGUCAGACAGUUCUGUGGAUAAAGUUUGUUUUUUUUUCAACCAGAAGACACAGUUUACGUCAAAAAUUAUAGUAAAGGUGAAAAGUGGAUUGCAGCUAUAAUUAUAUCACCAGUUGGGAAUGUUAGUUACAAAGUGUUAACGUUAGAUGGUCGUAUCCAGAUGAGACAUGUGGACCAAAUUGUAAAUCGUUAUGUGGAAAAGGUUAACUCUACUAAAACACCAGCAUAAAUACUCCUUUUCUGAGCAAUGCUGAUAAACCAAAUGAAGUGAUUGAAACUCCGUGUUCAAGCGAAAUCUUGAGUGAAAAUCGUGAUGAGAUUAGCAUGGAUGUUGAGCCCGAGAAACUGUGUGAACAGCCUGGUGCUUUUUCUGAACCAACCUCUUCAAUUAACCGAAGAUCAGGUCGAGUACGUCGUAAACCAUCUUAUUUAGAGCAGUACGAAUGAUUUAUGGGUGGAGGAUUAAUGUAAUUGCGUAAUUCCGGUUCACGGUUAUGUUGAACAAAGAAACGUGCAAGUGAGUUUCCAUUUUGGUCGGGACAUUAUAUUGAGAGACACGAAGCAAGAACUUUACUUGUAGUGUGGUGUUAUUAAUAAAUUACAUAUUGAGUUAUUACUAA